UCUUAAUCCGUUGUUUUUUUUGCAAAUCGAUUAAAAUGCACCUAAUAACGAAUGCACUAGUUUCAUCAAUGUGCAUUCAAAGAGGCAAACUGCAAGCAUGUUUCAUAAUUGCGAGUGACGGUCAAGGGAAAUCUUGAUAGUACAUUAUCGCCUUGAGCUGAAUUCUAAGAAGUAUGAAACAGUAACAGUUCCACUAAUAACUUUCAAACGGAAAGUCGGUCAUCUCAGUCAUUUAGGACUGAUAGGAUAGUACAAAUCGCUAUCUUGGUAAGAAUGAAACAGUUACUUGCAUCAGUCGAUCAGUAGAUCAGUUCUGGUGCGGGUGCUUGGCAGCAGUGUUCCAUCAUGUCGAAUAAAUCCGGAAAGAUGUUCCUUAAGCUCGUCUGUAUAUUAUUUUGUACUGUGUUUGCAAUAGUAGCUGAAAAUGAAGAUAAGUUACAGUCUACAACACAAAACUCUUCAGACGAGGAUAACUUUAACAUGACUGAUCGAAAAGGCCGUCUGGAAGAAACAACACUUAUAUUUGAUGAAUCCAUAACUGAUUCGUUUGAUUCGAGUGUGCUUAAACUUUACCCAAACAUAACAAGUAUUCACAUCAGCCAACGGGUGCGUUCCUUCCAAAACAACACAUUUGAAUGGGGCAAACAACUCAACGAAGUUUUUCUAGACGAUAACCUUCUGACAGCAGUACCAAAGGAAGCACUCUCGGAAUUGCGUUCCCUUACAUUCCUUUCGAUGACCAACAACCGUUUAGAGAAAAUUGGUGAAACUGAUGAAUUUGCAGGGCUAAGACAACUGAAAACAUUGUACCUUGAUCGCAAUUUUAUCAAUGUUGUGCAUCCAAACACAUUCAGCUCCUUGCGGGAACUAAGGUACCUUUAUUUGCAUGACAAUCGGCUCACAUCGCUCGACGCACUAAUACUGCCAUCUGAGAACCAGUUGGAGGUGCUAGAUUUAAGCCGUAAUUUUUUAAAAGUGCUUAACGAAUCCACCUUCACUCCGUUGAGCAGUUUGAGAGAGCUUAACUUGGCUGACAAUCUAUUCGAAACGUUUCGUGACAAUGCCUUCGCCGAGCUUCACGCACUGGAACAACUCAAUUUGAGGAAUAAUUUUUUGAAAACCUUACCGUCGAAGCUGUUCGCCUCCAACAGGAAGCUGGUGGAUUUGAAUUUAGUGGACAAUCUGAUAGAAAAGCUUCCAGUGGACGUGUUCUAUGGAUUGAAGAGUCUGGAGUCUCUUAACAUACAGAACAAUCGGCUAACCACCGUACCAGAAGAUAUUUUCCGUGAUCAACCACUAUUUGAGCAACUCAGACUGGAAGGGAAUCGUAUUAUAAGCUUCCAACCAUGCUUCCUUAAGACUAGCGAUGUGGAGUUACAAAACAAUCGUUUGUCGGUUUUGGGCAAGUCUUCCUUCGACACGAACGCAACACUGGUUGAGCGCCUAUACCUUUAUGGAAAUGAAAUUGCAACGAUUGAACAGAGUGUCUUCGAAGGAUUACCGAAAUUGAAAAACAUUUAUUUGGAUCAUAACCGCAUCACGGAACUCUCGCCGAUGCUAUUCCACAAAAACCAAAAGCUUGAACAGGUGACACUCUCCUACAACCGACUGUCGGUGUUGCGGACGAACACAUUCUCCGGUUUGGCGCGGCUUAACCAGGUUGACCUGUCCUACAACCAGCUGAGCGCUAUCGAACCUGCCGUUUUCCAUCACUCACCGGUAAAUUAUUUAAAUCUUAACGGCAACAAGCUGAAAACACUCAACGGGUGGGCAUUUUCUGGCACGAAUAUUCGCCAACUACACGUGGACUCCAACGCAAUCGAGUCGCUGGAAUAUCCUGGAACGAUUUUUGAAACAUUGGAGGAAUUAUCGGCCGCUAACAAUCGUAUCGCAUCGUGGCAGACAUUAUGUGUAGCGAACUUAGCCCAACUGACAGAUAUCAACUUGGAGAAUAACUCGAUAUCAUCGAUCGAUGGUUGCUGGGAAUCUGUUUGGAGUUUUGAAACGAGUCCGGAUACUAUAAAUGUUGCGUAUAACAAACUUUCGGUGGUUCCCGUGCUGGUCGGAAUUGAUUCGCUAGAUCUGAGUGGUAAUAAUGUGACGGAUCUGGGUGAUGGAGACGCAUUCCGAUGGAAUCGGAAAACGGAGACUCUAAUAUUGCAGAACACUUCGUUGAGAAUGCUUCGCAAAGUGAGCUUCACUUUUCUAACGAAGCUAACGGAUCUGAAAAUAAGUUCAAACGUUUUGGAGCUGAUAGAGGAAAAUGUUUUCCAUGAUCUUAAGCUAAAGUGGUUGUUAAUAAGCGAUUCUUCUCUGCAAACAUUCCCACCUUUGCUACUCAAAGAACAAACUUCCCUUUACCGGGCUUCGCUAGCCAACAAUAAGCUUUCGCAUCUGUCUCCCACAUUCUUUAGCCAAUGUUCUAGGUUGACAAACAUAAAUCUGUCUAAAAACAGGCUAACGACAGUAGACCGACACUGGUUCAUGGGUUUAGAAAACCUGGAAUCAAUCAAUCUGGAUGACAACCUUAUUACACAGCUCCCUCCAAAUCUGAUCCUCGUGGAACAAUCGCUAUCGUUGUUGUCGGUCGCAGGCAAUGCAAUAAGUUCCAUCGCCAAUGCUGAUUUUCUCGCGAAAGUUACAAUUGGAGUGCUCGAUCUUUCUAACAAUAGCCUAGAGGACAUCGAUAUUCUCCACAGCAACGAUCGCGUCUUCAAUUUAUAUGUUUCUGGCAAUAGAUUGGAACGAUUGUUUGUACGACCGCAGUAUAACACCCUGGAAGCCAACUCCAAUCGAAUCACAUCACUCCAAUGGGAACCCGAUUCGAAAUAUAGCCUCGAGUAUCUUACCCUGGCGGAUAAUCAGCUGAACCAACUCGAUUAUCAGAUUUUCAAAAUCCCAACGAUUGCUGACCUUAAUGUAUCGGAAAACCGACUGGAAGAGUUUCCAUUUGAACUGGUGUACAUGCUGAAGCGAUUGAAGGCAUUGAAUGUUUCUAGAAAUAAUAUACGCACACUACCGCUGACGGACACCGUGGAACGGUUCAAGCUCGGAAGGCUUGAUCUAUCGGAGAAUCCCCUCGAGGAGCAGUCGAAUACCUUCCUGGACACCUGCGUUGUAAAGUAUCUAACCAUGACCGUAGCGAAAUGAACCGUACCAAGCCGAAAACUGAUACCCAGCGAAACUAUUUAUAGCAAAUGAAGGUGUCUAAAUAAAACCUCGUACUCAUAAA